AAUAGGAACUUGGCAGGUGGACAAGAAAACUGCACAGCUCAUUUCUAGCCCGCUCGAGCCACAGGCGUUUUUUGGACAAUACUGUUCAUAAUCCAAAAAGAAAAACAGGACCAUGUCCGGCUUCAAUCGCUCUUUCACCCUCCUGAGGGCUGCUAUGAGACACCAGCUCAUCCCUAAAGCCAACAUCACGGCUAAACCAGCCAAACAUAAGCUUUCCACUGGGGAGCAAGUGAUUGCAAUGUCGGUCAUGUUCGUGACCAUCCUGGGCCCGUCUGGCUGGAUCCUGUCUCACCUGGAGGACUACAAGCACCGUCCCGGAGCAGCACAGGAAUAAAAAUGAGCAUUCCCUGCUUAAGAAGACUAUUUAAACCUCUGAAUGUUUGAAUAAAUGAAUGUACUUGAACUGGUCUGUAUCCAUUAAAAUAUUUCUCUUUAAACACACAA